AUGGAGGAUACCAUCUCGUUGUCCCGGUCGAGCUCAGUUGCCACGUACGGCCAGGUGACGAUGGAACCUAGUGAUCUGGAGAAGGUCAUGUCGCAGCACGAGGACGCAGAUAUUGCAGUCACCAUCCAGGAAAGCGACGAUCCAAAUGUGGUCAACUGGGACGGUCCAGACGAUCCAGAGAAUCCACUCAACUGGCCCGGGAGCAAGAAAUGGAUCAACAUUGCCUUGAUCUCUUCAAUUACCUUCUUGACACCCUUUGCAUCGUCCACUUUUGCCCCCGGUGUUCCCCUGGUGAUGGAGGAAUUCCACGAGGAUAGUCUCGCGGUGGCAUCCCUCGUGGUAUCAAUAUACGUUCUGGGAUACGUUUUCGGCCCUUUGAUCAUUGCACCAGCUUCCGAGCUCUACGGGCGCGUUCCCGUGUACCAUGUCAACACGUUUCUGUUCCUUGUUUUCAGCAUCGGCUGCUCGAGGUCUACCAGCAUCCCGAUGCUGAUUGUGUUUCGCUUUCUUGCCGGCGUGGCAGGCUCCUCCCCGAUCACAGUCGGCUCUGGAACCAUUGCGGAUACUUUCAAACAAGAGCAGCGAGGCAAGGUCAUGUCGAUCUGGAGCUUCCCGAUUCUUUUUGGACCGAGUCUUGGACCAGUUGUAGGGUCAUAUCUGUCGGCCGCGGCUGGCUGGCGAUGGGACUUCUACCUCAUUUCAAUUUGCACCGGAAUUCUCUUCGUGCUCACCGUCGUUUGCCAGCGAGAGACGUACCCGCCUGUUCUUCUCGAACGGAAAGCCAAAAGACUUCGAAAGGAGACGGGAAAUGACAAGCUUCGCUCUGCCCUGCAAUCGCGCAAGACGCCCCGCGAGAUGUUUCUCCUGUCCAUCGUGCGUCCGAUCAAGAUGCUGUGCCUCUCACCCAUCAUCUUCGGGGUGUCCCUGUACAUUGCCGUGACUUACGGCUACCUCUACCUGUUGUUCACCACCGUCACCUUUGUAUUUGAAGAUCAGUACGGCAUUAGCUCCAGCAACGUCGGGUUGGUGUACCUGGGCAUCGGCGUCGGGCAACUGUGUGGACUCACUGGAUUCGGGUACUUUUCGGACAGGUUGCUGAAGAAGUGGGCAAAGGGAGGUGAGCUCAAGCCCGAACUUCGGCUGCCUCUCCUGUGGCCCGGAGCGUUCCUGAUCCCGGCCGGCCUCUUCGUGUAUGGCUGGUCAGCAGAGUACAAGGUACACUGGAUUGUACCCAUCCUCGGGACCUUCUUCUUUGGCGCCGGGAUGAUCAUUACUUUUAUGCCCAUCGGCACGUACCUCGUGGAUUCUUACACUACGUACGCAGCGAGCGCCAUGGCAGCGAACACGGUCCUCCGGAGCAUCGGCGGAGCUCUGUUACCUCUGGCGGGCCGUAAUAUGUAUGCCGCACUAUCACUCGGCUGGGGAAACUCAUUGCUCGCCUUCAUCGCGUUGGCAAUGACUCCGAUGAUCUGGGUCUUUUGUAAGUAUGGAGAGAAGAUCAGAAAUCAUCCGAGGUUCAAACUGAACCUUUGA